UUUCACAGUUAAUAUGAUUUUCGUUAUCGAACGUACAAAUCUCCGUAUGUGGUAGUUAAAUUUAUAUGAUUAUAGAUAAACUAACCUAAUCGUAGAUAAUAUGUAAUACCUUAUAUUUAAUUUUGGUUCAUAACUGUUUCUAACGCAGUAUUCGUAACACACUAGUUCGUACGUUUUAUACAUUUAAAGUUUGUUUUUAUUUAAUAAUGACGUGGUCAGUUAUUAAAUUAUUUAAAUUAUUUGAGUGUCGUGAGGAUGGGCCGUUGUCAAUGCCAAUUAUUGAACAGCUUCAAUUGUGGGGUCUUAUACCAAAAAAUAACAUCCUCAAAUGCAAAAACGGCCAUUUUGCUAAAUUGUGCCCUCACGGAGAUUACGCCGAUGGGUUUGUUUGGCGUUGUAGACAGUGGUCUACAACGAAUAAUCGCAAAAAAAUUCGGUGUGAUUUUAAGCAAUCCAUAAGAAAAGACACGUUCUUCAAUAAAUCGCACUUGUCGAUUUAUCAAAUAGUUAUGUUUUCUUAUCUGUGGACCGAGAAUGUGUCUCUUUCUUUUAUAAGAAAACAAAUUGAAAUUGCACAACAAUCAGCUGUUGAUUGGGCGUCUUUCCAUCGGGAAGUUGUCUUCGAUGGAAUGAUAUUACGGCAUGAAAAAAUUGGUGGUGUUGGAAAAGUGGUCGAAAUCGAUGAAUCGAAAUUUGGUAGACGUAAAUAUUAUAGGGGUCAUCGAGUAGAGGGUGUAUGGGUUUUUGGUGGAGUAGAGCGGAUAACAGGCAAAUGUUUUUUAGUACCCGUUGAACGUCGUGAUAAGGAGACAUUACUGACAGUAAUAAAAGAGUGGAUUUUGCCCGGUACAUUAAUCAUUAGUGAUUGUUGGAAAGUACGUGGUCUUGUUUAUUCAUAUUCUUUUAUUCAUUGA